UAUGCACAAGAGGUAAUAAAUAAUAUUUGUACACAUAACAAUUUUUUUAAAAAUAAUUCAUUACAAAUGAACUUAGUCACCGACUGAUUUAUGUUAUACAGGAAGCUACAAUGAAAAAUAAACAAGUUGUUGUGUUUCCUGAACAACAUUCGAGAAAGAUUUCUGAGUUGUUGAGUAUGCCAACUCCCAUGAAAGGAUUUGAUUUGCCACCGCUUUCAGUUGAGGAUAAAUUGAUAAGAGACUAUUUGUUUCAUCGUAGUAAAUUGGAAAGUGAAAUUCUUAUUAACUUUGAUAUUCAACAUGGAACGCGCAAAAACAUAUGGACAUUAGAUCGUGGUUGUUGGCUUGAUGGACAAAUAAUUACUUUAGUUGCUUUGCAAUUUACAUUAAAGCAAAAGGAUCGUAUCCCAGAUGCGAAAUAUCCAGCGUGGUAUCUACCUACAUAUUUUUCGCAACAUAUUUUGCAACACAAGGUUCAUAAGCCAAACAUGCUCAAGUCCUAUUUUGGAACAAAACGGUACACGGGAAAAAUUGAAUCAUGUGAAAGGGUGUACAUUCCAAUUAAUGAUGCGGGUGAACAUUGGUAUAUGUGUGUGGUAUACAUGCGACAACAAGUGGUAUAUAUCCUUGAUCCGUAUAUAUCAAGAAGAAGUAGAACUCGGCCAACUCAAGUGAAAAAAGUGGUUGAAGUGUUACAUGACUUAUUGGGAAUUCAGUACAAGAAUGCAUAUACAAAAGAUUUUGUGGUUAUGGGUAUGAAUUUUGUGUGUCUCAUAUUUUGUGUUACUUAUGGUUUUUAA